GAUUUUUACUGAACCAUCCUUAUGGAAUGGCAAAGGUUGAAAACGGAUCAAUACAUCAACUUGGAAAAAACGCUUUAUAGUGGCCAAAUAUUUUCUUUCCAAAGAACCGGUGACAAUGAGAGCACAGGCAUCGUUGAGGGCUUUCUUGUCACGUUUAAACAAGAAAAGGAUGUUAUUUACUACAAAAUAUUCAACUAUAAGGAAAAUGUAAACUAUGAAACUGUAUUUUGGAAGUUUUUUACGUUGGAUUUGAACUAUAAAAAAAUUUUUAAAGAGUGGAACGAUAAAAUAUCGAAAUGUAGAACUGAAACUAACUCAGAAAACGAACAAAACUAUGAUUUAUACGGGUUAUCUCCAUUCAAAGAAAACGGGCUGCGCCUUCUACGAUGUGAUCUGAAGGAUACUAUCUUCUCAUUCAUUUGCUCUUCCAACAACAAUAUCAAGAGAAUAACAAAAAUGGUACUUGUUUUGUUUUCGCUUGGCGAGUACAUUACGACAAUAAAUGGUAAAAACUUCUACCACUUUCCCAAUCCCGAAGAACUUAGUGAUAAAGAGCAAUUUUUACGGGACAAUGGAUUCGGGUACCGGGCGAGUUACAUUGCCAAAACGGCCAGGCUAAUGACAACGAUGAAAUAUGAUCAGCUUUACAAUCGCAAUUACCAUUGGGCAUUUGAAAGAUUAAACAGGUACAGCGGAAUAAGUUAUAAGGUUGCAGACUGUGUAUGCCUGCUUGGAUUGCAUUUCCACGAUGUGGUGCCUAUUGACAUACACAUUUUUCGGACAGCUAAGCGCAUCUUCUCAAUCAAAGAAGAUCGGUUGAGUAAGAGGUCCUAUUUAAAUAUGCAAAGACGAUUUCAGGAAUUUUUUGGUGACUAUAGUGGCCUGGCACAGCUUGUUCUGUUUGAAGAAAGCGUUAAGGCACACAAAAGUAGGAAAUAGCUCAGAAAUAUUGUUAUCGUAAGAAAAUACGCCAUUUAAUGGUUGAUAUUAAAGUCUGUUUUAACACA